GACUUCAAGAGUGAAGUGAAGCUGUAGACAAGACGAGGAAACCUCUGGAGUCAACGCCCGUCGUCUAGACAAACACGACAACCUUGACUCUCACCUACCCGUGUCACACACACGUGAAAACGCGUGCAUGUGCACAGACUUUGCACACAUUUAGAACAGCAACAUGUUUGAGGAGCAGGCGACCAAGGUUAAGAUCACUUCUGUGGUGAUUGUGGUGGGCAUGGCGACGAUGCUGGCGGCGGUGGUGACCGACCACUGGGCCGUGCUCAGCCCCCGGGUGGAGAAGCUCAACGCCACCUGCGAGGCGGCCCACUUUGGCCUCUGGAGGCUCUGCAAGAAGAUCAUCUUCAUCGUGGAGGAAGACCCUCGGGGCAAAGGCUGCGGUCCCAUCAGCCUACCUGGAGCACAAAACUGUUCCUACUUCAAACACUUCACCUCGGGGGAAGAAGCUGAAGUUUUUGAAGUGAAGACACAGAAAGAGUACAAUAUAUCAGCAGCAGCCAUUGCCAUCUUCAGUCUGAUCUUUAUGAUCCUGGGCACCAUCUGUGUCAUCUUCUCUUUCGGGAAGGGACGGGACUACCUGCUCCGGCCUGCUGGGAUGUUCUUCGCCUUCGCAGGUCUUUGUAUUAUCAUAUCUGUUGAGGUAAUGCGCCAGUCUGUCAAACGCAUGAUUGACAGUGAUGAGACCAUCUGGAUUGAAUACUACUACUCCUGGUCCUUCACCUGUGCCUGCGCCUCCUUCACGCUGCUCAUCCUCAGCGGGGGUGCCCUGCUCCUCAUCUCCAUGCCCAACAUGCCCCGUAACCCCUGGGAGACCUGCAUGGACGCCGAGCCGGACACAUUAGAUUAGCCACAGGUGAUACAAUGUCUGGAAGCCUGGGUAAAACAGACACAAAAUACACCUUCACCUUGAGCCCUUUAACUGCAUAUACUAUCUCACAAAUGUACCCUUACUGCAAGAUGUUGUCCUAGUUAUUCCCACCUCCCUUGUCCAUUGAGCUUAGUUUAUGUUAGUAAAAUAUUAUAAUCAACUUGGAGAGUCUUGUGAUAGUUAACCAGCCACAACAAAAACUAUGAAUUUCACCUUAUCUUUACGGGGUAAAGCAGUGAGAAUAUGACUUGUUUGGAAACCUCUUCCUUUUUGAUGUGUUCAAGACCAUAGGAAUGGUUAAAGUGGACCUAUCAUGCUAUAUUUGAA